CGCUGAGGAGAACCGGACGGGUCCGUGCCUGGCCGCCAUGCCCAGCCCCCGGAGCAGCCCGUCCCGCCGCGCCGCGCCCGUCCCCAGCCCGUCCCGCCGCGCUGCGCCCGUCCCCAGCCCGUCCUGCGCGGCCGUGGCGCUGCGCUCCCUGCUGGCCGCCGACCUGCGGGUCUCCCGGCGGCUGGGCGUGUGCGCCGGGGAGCGCUCGGCCUGGGGCAGCGCCAGGCCCCUCCUGCGGCUCCUCGAGGUGUCCGGCCACGGCGUGCCCUGGCUGGCGGGCACCCUGUAUGGGCUGGGCCGCAGCGAGAGCCCGGCGGGCCGCGAGGUGCUGCUCAACCUGCUCUUCGCUUUGGUGCUGGAUUUAGUCCUGGUGGCGGUGGUGAAAGGGCUCGUGAGGAGAAGACGUCCCACUCACAACAAGAUGGACAUGUUUGUCACUAUCUCUGUGGACAAAUAUUCCUUCCCAUCAGGCCAUGCUACCAGAGCUGCCAUGGUGUGCAGAUUUGUCCUGCACCACCUGGUGCUUGCCAUUCCUCUGCGGGUCCUGGUGGUUCUAUGGGCCAUCAUUGUGGGCAUCUCCAGAGUCAUGCUGGGCAGACACAACGUGACAGACGUGGCCUUUGGCUUCAUCAUGGGCUACAUGCAGUACAAUGUGGUGAAAUACUUCUGGCUGUCACCUCUGAGUGCACCUGCUCUCUUUGCAGCGUGGAAUCAGUGAUGGCCAUAAUGAAAAGGAAGAGGCACACGUUGCAGUGUCUUAUGCUGCUCAGAGAGCGUGAACCGGGACUGGAUGAAAGAAUCGUCAUAAGCCUCAUCUGACAAGCAAGACUGACAAUAUCAACAACAUCAUGCUUCAUUCUGCGGGAUAUGUGGAUUCAGGUUGGGACAAAAUGAGAUCUGUUGGAAACUUUCCUCUACAACACCCUGCCCCACCCCAUGGGGGAGGACCCCCACCCACCCUGCAGCAUACGAGCCCCCAGCCCCUUCCACUCUCACCCCACCCUGCUCUGCCUCAAGUGGUAGGACGGAGCCGUCCUCCGAACCGAAUUCUUGGUGCCAUCUUGCUCUCAAUGUGCUGCUGAGCCAAAGCAUGUAUCAGCCCAUACGGUUGCACUGGCCAUCCCAGGAUACGAUCGCUCCACAUCUCCAGGUGCUGUAGAAGUCGGACGGAGAUCUGCAUACUCACCAAGCAGCUAAUUCUUAUUUUCUUGGUAUUUAAGAACAUGCAUCAGUAAGAUUUGUGGUUAGUAGAAAUACCGUAAAUCAGCACACAGCAGAGGAUGCCUGUAGCAUAGCUGACUUACUAUCUCAUAUAGCAGAGGUGGGCAAACUACGGCCCGCGGGACCGUCAUGCCCGGCCCUUGAGCUCCCGGCUGGGGAGGCUAGCUCCCGGCCCCUCCCCCGCUGUCCCCCCUUCCCCCACAGCCUCGCUGCGCCACGCCGCCAGCGCUCUGAGCGGCGGGACUGGCUCUGGCCGGAAGCUCUUGCCGCUCUGAAUGGCAUGGUAAGGGGGCGGGGAGCAGGCGGGUUGGAUAGGGAGCAGGGGGCGGUUGGAUGGGUCGGGAGUUCUGAGGGGGGCAGUCAGGGGGUGGGAAGUGGGAGGGGGCGGAUAGGGGGCAGGGGCCAAGCUGUUUGGGGACGCACAGCCUUCCCUACCCGGCCCUCCAUACAGUUUCGCAACCCCAGUGUGGCCCUUGAGCCAAAAGGUUUGCCCACCCCUGUCAUAUAGCAUAAAUAGUAGAUGUGACUUCUUAUAAAUAUUGUUAGAUAGUUACUUCCUGAAAACGGUCCCUCUGUGCUGUAAAUGUACUAAUUGGUGCUGUUGUGGCUAAUUAAUAGUGGGUGUGCCCCCUAGUGGCUUUAGUACAUUAUUCUGACUCGACCCAUUUGUGGGGUGGGUGCACUUCCUCUGCUGCCUCUUCUAUAACGUUGAGAUUACCAAGGUUUUGUAAAUCGAUUCUUUCUCCUUCUGAAGCAGCCUGCCCCUCGCUUGCCAGCUACAUUCCAGUUACAGAGCUUCACUUUGUCAAGUGGGUGGCUGGUUGGAAAGGUGAAGGCAUCUGCUUUUGAAUAUCUUGGGAAUUGGCAAUUUUGGGAGUGGAAAUGCACAAAUAGGGUUCUAAUAAAGUGUGGAAUGAGUACUCUGGGGUGUCUGUACCAGCUCUCCUUUAGGCAGGGUGCAGUUUGUCUCUGCAAACAGGAAAAGGCUGUCCUAGCAGUUGGGUAAGCAGAGCUCCCUUUCAUGUAUUCUUCUGUCAUCAGAGCAGGGCAUUCAAGCACAGUUACUCCCUCUUACACCUCAGUUGAAAGGCAGACAACAUGCAAACAGUUAAUGCCACAUGAGGAUACGUGGUGUAGACUGCUUAGGUCUUUAAAAAUAAAUAAGCUCCAUUGAGAUCCUGAUCUCAGGUAUGUAGGCCCCAAUUCAGCAAGAGGCUUCAACAUGUUAGCCGGUGACUAUUCCCAUUGAUUUCCAUGGGAUUAUCCAUGUUCUAAAAUUUUGGUAUAUUGGUUAUAGCACUGCUGUCCACUACAGAAAAAAACCCAAUCAAAAUAACAGUGGAAGUGAUGUGUGCCAAACUAUAUAUUUUUUAUUUUUCUCUAUUCUAUGAAGCUGAUUGUAUCUAAGCAAAAUCAGUUCUACAAUAAAUGGAGCUCUACACUUGCUGAUACAAAUAGGAAAGAAUAUAAAUGUUGUCGUGUAGAGUGGUGGUGAAAAGGAAAUUAACAAAGUAGCCAAAGAGGCAGAAAAUAAAUUCUUUAGCUAGUGCACUGGUGGGAAGUUCUUCUGGGUCUGUUAGGCCUCCAACAAGGAAGAGCUAUGCAAAUAGUUUCUUUGCAUAGCCAGUGAGGAGGAAAUACCCACUAGAUAGUUAUUCUUUUGGGGUUGUGGAGGGAAGGCACAGUGUCUGAAUUGAAAAAAGAGAUUGCAGAACUACUUGAGAAAUUAAAUUCCCAGGGGCAUAUUGUAUUCAUGCAAGAGGUCUGGUGGAAAGAAAAAACUAAGGUCACUUAAAAAACAAAAAAGUGCCAUGCAGUGUAAUGUAUCCUUAAAACCAAUUACUAUACCAGGAGUACUAAUGAUCUAUUCCAGUAUGGCAAUUCCUGUUUUCCUAAGCAGCUGAGAGAUGUACAGAUAAAGGGGUGGGGGGAAUAUUAAAGUAAAAAUAACAAAUCUGUGAUCUAGCUCUGCAUUCCUCCAGUACAUCAGUCAUGUGGCCUUGAAGAUGAACAUGUGUAGGAAUGUGUGGAGAACUCUCUUGUCCUUAUAAAUCUAAUAUAAAGGAUGUGACACCACAAAGGUGUAUUAUGCUAUAGAGUUACCUCCAGAGAUGAGUCUGUAAAGCUUUCUAAGAUCCCCGAAUGCACCAUAUGGUAAACAUACUUUGGAAUAGAAACAAGACUUCUGAGCUUUGUGAGUUAGUAUCUAGCUUGAUGACUUUGUGGUGCCAGGUUGUGUAAAAAGUCUGCAGGUGAGCAACAGUGCUCUUGUCUAAAAGGUAAAGAUUGUGACAGGGGAGAGGAUGUGAGUGCCAUUGCCUUGUUCAGGAAGGAUGAAUUCAGACUGGAGCAGGUGCAUAGAAGGGUUACUAGGAUAAUCAGGGGAAUGGAGAGCCUGUCUUACACGAGUUUCAGAGUAGUAGCCAUGUUAGUCUGUAUUUGCAAAAAGAAAAGGAGUACUGGUGGCACUUUAGAGACUAACAAAUUUAUUUGAGCAUAAGCUUUCGUGAGCUACAGCUCACUUCAUCGGAUGUAGCUCACAAAAGCUUAUGCUCAAAUAAAUUUGUUAUUCUCUAAGGUGCCACAAGUACUCCUUUUCUUUUUGUCUUACACGAGGAGACUAAGGGCACAUCUUCACUACAGAGCUAAAUCAGCACUGCUGCAAUCGAUGCAGCGGCAUCGAUUUAGCAGGUCUGGUGAAGACAUGCUUAAUUGAUGGGAGAGUGCUCUUCCGUUGACUUCUGUAUUUCACCUCCCUGAGAAGCAUAGGGUAAGAUGGUGGGAGAGCAUCUACCAUGACACAGCACAGUGUAAACACCGCGGAUCUAGGUACAUUGACUUCAGUUACAUUAGUCACAUAACUGAAGUAGCAUAGCUUAGAUUGAUUUGCCACAGUAGUGCAGACCAGGCUUAAAAGAGCCUGACUUGUUUAGCCUAGCAAAAGUCAUGCUGAGAGGGGAUCUGAUUGCUCUCUAUAAACACUUUAGGGGUAAACACCAGGGAGAGAGAAAAGCUAUUUAAGCUAAAGGACAGUGUUGACUCAAGAAAAAACGGGGAUGAACUGGCCAAGAAUCAGUUUAGGUUGGAAAUUAGAAGAAAGUUUCCUACCAUUAGAGGAGGGAGGUUCCAGAGCAGCCUCCCAAUAGGAGCAGUGGGGCAAACAACCUAACUAGUUUUAAGAUGAAGCUUGAUAAGGUUAUACACAAGAUGAUCUCAUGGGGUUGCCUGCAAUAGCAGGGGACUGGACUCAGUGACCCAGGAGAUCCCUUCCAGUCCCACGUUGCUACGUUUACAGAUGUAAUUAGCUCUCCAAUUUUAAGGCAAUUGGGCGAUAACUGACCUCGCUGAGAAGAUACAGAGAUAUUAGAGCAGCUGGUUUCUUGUCAAUGGUCACAUCCCAACCUCCAUGCAAAGAGGGUGAAAGCAUUUCAUUCCGAACUCUGGUUUUGAUGCUCUCAUAAUUUAGGCUUUAAAUUGCUGUUUUUCUGCUAAGCUAAAGUGAAUUCACUUGGAAAGCUUCAACAAGAUGAUUUUAAGCGAGCCUUGGAGUGUGCACUUGUCCCUUUUAGUCAAAUACUAGAUGCUGUUUUCAUUCUUGUGGCUGUGCAGGCCCAUUUUUCCUAAAAUGUUUUUUGCUCCACCUGUUGUCAUCUGAAAAGAUCCUGCAGCGGUCCAGAACAAGUCCACAGAACCUUACAUUACACAAUGACAUUACACAAUGCUACUUAUGAUGUAAAAAUCAGUGUGGACACCUUACCCUUGUCCAUCACUAGUGCGAACACAGAGAUGAACACAGCCUCCAUCCCUGUCCAGAUUGGAAAGCAGAGGAGUGGGGUCAAAAAAUCCAUAGAAUUGAGAUCUAGUUGGACUUGUCCUCAUUUCUGUCUUCUAAAAAGAAAGGAAGUUCUAGCAGUGACAGUAAUUGCCAUAUUUUAGAGUAGCAGCUGUGUUAGUCUGUAUCCGCAAAAAGAAAAGGAGUACUUGUGGCACCUUAGAGACGAACAAAUUUAAAUUUGUUGGUCUCUGAGGUGCCACAGGUACUCCUUUUCUUUUUGCAAGUAAUUGCCAUAGUUGGUAGCUAAUAGCUAGAGAUGGUUUACUAAGCAAGUUUAUACUCUCAGCUUGUUCUGACAGCUGUAAGGAGACUGUCAGAGUGUAAUCUAUGAAUUAAAGAUAGUUUUGGGUGCCAUGCCUGCGAAUCUUUAUGGCUUUCAGAUCAGUUUUCUAUAUCUUAAAAUGCUGUGCUUUGCUUCCUCCCCCCGUUAUGUGAAAGAGCCACACAAACUGUAGGGAAAUGGACUCUAACCAAAGUGCUGGUAUGUGUACAGAAUGCAGGUAGAGUACACAAACAGAAAUGUUUGUCUCUGAUGCUUCAGUGGCUGUAAUCUUAGAUAUUACUGGCUGUUUCCAGAGAGGGGUGAAUUUUUGUUUUAAAUUGAAAGUGUCCCUUUAGCAAUCCCCGUCAAUAGUUUGUCUGACGUUCACUGCAGGAUAUCAUUUGUCCUUCUGUAAAAAGUUUGGUAUGAACAUUACAAGUUCUCUGUGCCUUCACUGUCUGGGUGACUCUUAGGUGUGCGCCAGAAUCACUAGCAAGAGAGUGACUAUAUCUUGCCAAAAGAUACAGGACAGAAUAGGAACUAAUUCUCCAUCCUCCUAAGGCCCCUUUACAACACUCUGGUGGCAUAAAAGGGGCAGAAUCAGGCACUGGGAAGUAAUCCCUCCAUAAGGGGGUUUCCCCACUAUUGCAGCCCUACACCUCUCCACUCCAACAGGUUAUAGACAUAUGGGACUGUGUCAACUCCAGAAUAUGGGGAGUCCAAAGUUGGCUAAAGCUACUUUCUCCCCCUGCCUCCCUUCCUGUUCCUGCGCUCAGCUCUGGGGAAUGAGGGACUUAGUGCAUUCGAUUUCUAGAUAUAGUGGAGUAAAAUGUGGCCUAAAUAGUUGAAGAAUUCUAAGAUGUUUACAUUAAAUUCCUUUGAGUGUUUUUUUUAAGUAUGUAUUAACUCUAGAACCCUAAAGGCCAAUAUCACAUACUAUCCUACAUUUUUAUACUUAUCAUCAUUUGUAAUAUUGUCAGAGCUUAAAAAUAAAAUGUCACAGCCAAGGCUAACACUGUUAGCUUAGCAAAUUAAGCGCUUGUCUUUUAUUGGAGCUUGAAAUGCACCUAAUGUUCUUAUUUACUUUGUGGACUGUGUGUUGUACAAUGUGUGAUGGCUACAGCUCUGGGAGUGGGGUUUGUAAACCUCAAGCCCCCUCUGCUAGGUACAGUUCUGUGUACUUCCUAUAUAAGCAAUGCCUAUUUCCCCAGCUGUAUGUUAAUGUUUUUAGUGUGUUGUAUGUUAACACGGUCCACCUUGUGGCCACCAGUUUUCAAUAUGGUCAGACUUCAGGGCUGAUUAGGCCGAGAGUGGUCAAAACCACUUUAACCCCACAUUGAAAUCUUUGAGGAAUGUAACUUUUCACAAAGGCCUUGGCCUGGAAACAGCAUGUUCUUAGUGCUGGAUUGAAGGUACAAACAUCUGAUCUACUGCUCCCAAACCAAGAAGACUAUGAAAAGCACAAAGCUGCCAGCCAGGACCUUUGCUGCAUAAUGAUGCAUGCAGCCCAUUUACCAGCUAAUGUCCCAAACCACAUAACUCAGCAAAACUGUCUUCAUCCAAAAUGCCACUAGAUUUCCUUGCUAGAACAGAAUUUGCAGUGUUCUCAUUUGAAACGCGUUGUCGCAGCUCACUUAACUACAAGAGUUAUUGUCUGUCAGACCCAUCCAUGCAAGGAACUAGUUAUCCAAGUGUUUAAAUAAAGUGGAUUAUUUACUGUGGUGUAAAGCUCUUGUGUAUAUUACUGUGCACUUAUUUUGAGCGUGGAGAGCUCUCAUCCCCUCUCCAGGCCUGCAGAGAAAUGUAGGCAGCACUUAGCCAUCAGCAUAGUGAUUUAUAGCAAUGUAGUCAAGCUGAAUGUAGUGACCUCAGGUUGUAUUUUUCAGCUCUUCUCUGGUUUUAAGUCUUCCAGUGAGUUUUAAUAAGGUGGGAAUGUGUAUUCAUGCAUAUCUGUGACGUAUGUUUUUCUGUGUAUUGUGAUUACUACUGUGGAAUCAAAGAUGCCUUGUUUAGAUUAAAGGAUCAAUCAUUCCAACUCA